UUGGCAGCAUUGUCUCAACGGAAAGCCGCCUGUAAAAAGAUUCGUUUUCUCUCCAUUGUUCCAGAUUUUUCUUGUCGUGUAAGUUAAAAAUAGUUGAAUAACUUUUAAAUUCACACUCUCGUACCGAGUGAUUUAUGAUUUAGUGCAAAUGGAGUACACUACAGGCAAUGGAGUAAAUCAACUAUCGAGUGCCACAAUGUGCACGCCACUACAUUUUGCGCAUCCUUUGUCGUCGCCGACUUCUUCGUCUGAAUCUGCAAGUGGAAGCAAUUUUACCCCUUCUCCACCACAAAGGAUGCUUUCUAGUCCACAAUUGCAACGCCAGCAACAGCAGCAAUUUACAAUCAUGCAAAUGAAUGGCCGCAAAGUUCUUGGUCCUCCUGAGGGUUGGCAAGGUCCACCACCUCCUAGUACAUGUGAGUUAUUCGUGCGUCGCAUUCCACGAGAUUUAAAUGAACAAAAGUUAGUCCAACCAUUUUUACGCUUUGGACGCAUUUAUGAAAUACGUUUACCGAUGGAUUUCAAUCAGGCAAAUCGCGGUUACGCGUACGUCAAGUACACCACUGAAGAGGAAGCGGCGUGUGCAAUGGAGGUGCUGAGCCAUUUCUAUGUGGCUCCUAAGCGCAAGCUAGAGAUUCUGCAUUCAUAUGAAAAGUGCUGCCUGUUUGUGAGUAAUAUUCCUAAACAUUUAGAUGAAGUCGAGAUUGCAGAAAAGUUGCGCAACGUUUUCCCCACACUGCAACAUAUAUAUUCUCGUGGAGCCAGUCAAUCUCAACGAAGCAAUGGUGAAUAUAACAGCGAAAAUGAUGGAAACGACAAAGCCAACCAAAUAUUCAAUGGAUCACAUCAAGCUAUAACGAGUGCUACAUGCACCGAGCAGAAGAACCGCGGACACGUCUUUAUACAGUUUCCAUCUCACUUAGAUGCAUUAGAAGCAAAGAAGAGCACAACACCUGGAGUGAUUCGUAUGUGGGACCGCGACUUGAAAGUUGUUUGGGCAAACACAGAACGCGAUACGGAUAUGUCAAAAUCGAAUAAAACACUUUUCGUGCGUAAUGUAGAUUUUUGCGUAAAUAAUCGAGAUAUAAUAGGGCUGCUUGUGAAUUGUGUUCCGCGCCAGGACAUACGAAAAAUUACAAAAGUAAGGACGACAGCCUUCUUUGAUUUCACAACACGCGAAGCAGCCGAGAAAUGCUUACAGCAGUUACAGGGCACUGUGUUGCAUGGCCAGCGACUUGGUCUAGAAUGGGCUAAGCCAUCGGAACAGCAAUCGCUACAUCGCAUGUGUAGAACGGACUUCGAUGCGAUGCUUCGUCUGAAAUGCAUUGCCAACAGUUGGCAAAUACCAGUCAUCAUUUUUGGCACUUACUAUGAGUACGAAAGUUUACAGUAUGGCGCCGUGAUGCUGCGCAAUGCAAAUGGCUUAGCGCGCGCUGUUUUUUGUGCCUUGCAGUGCCAUGAAAUUGUUGACAUUCAUUCACGGAUGUGUGAAGUAGUCUGUGUUCUUUUGGAGACUAUUGGUACUUUUCCAGACCACAACUAUGUGUUCUUCGUAGAAAAAGACAAUGCACAUCUCUUGGGAAUAGUAACACACGAUACCCAAUCUGUGAGUUUCGUCGCCUCUCAUCAAGUUCCUAAAUACUUAUGUUUCGAUUUAAACGAAAUGAUCGAUCUGAGCUGGGCCGUGGCAACUUUGGCCGCCAUUAACGAAGAGACUCUACUACAAGCUUAUCAAGAUAGCUUUCAAGCGAAUACGGUGGCCACCUAUUUACAAAAUCUGGUUGUUUCCGGGCAUCGUGUUUUUGGUACCAUAAUGCCAAAGUACCGCAAUAAGCCGCCACUAAAACACAAUCUAAAUGACACCCAAAUAGUAUUGGCUUUGUGCUACGUAGCAACAGGUACAAACACAGUCUUGCAAAGCCGUCCAUAUCUCGCCUAUCCCGUGUGCAUAUUCGAUAGUGGUUACGAAGUACUGCGCUUCGUUUCGCUUAAGUUGUUGCCGAUAGCCGUCACACAAUCACGAUUUUUCGUGCAAUAUGUGCUCAACCAAGUGCAGUUUGGCAACGUACAAUAUUUUCAUCCAGCACAACGUUUCCAAUGUCCACCUUUGCGCAUCACGGGCUGUUCAUAUGCCAAAUCAAUAAAACAACCGGCACCGACACGCAUAACGCCUGCUCUUCAGCAUGCCACACAAGGACAACAACAAUACAACUGUAUAACAAGUGGCCCUUAUGUGCCUGCGACCCUUGUCACUUCCAGUGUUGUAGCACCGUUACAUGGAGGGGCAUCACUCGGCACAAAUUAAUUUUAUCUUUUUUGUUUUUUUUAUCCUGAUAUUUUCGUAGCCGCAUAUCCUGCUAACAUUAUUGAAUUUCGUCCGUAUAUGUUUUAAGUUGUAUUUGAUGUAUUUACAUAGUUAUGUGCGUAAAGGGUUCUGAUGUUAAUUCGCUUUGUUGAUCUUCUAUUUUAAGAGCGUAUGUUUUUGGGUUAUUAUUGAUCUACUUUAUUUUAAGAUUUCGCAAAUGAAAAGUUUAUAUAUGUUUGAAAGCAUUGAAAAUUACUUUUUGCUGGCUGUACUAAUACU